AUCAGAGUCCCGUGCGACCGACAGCAAUACGUAUUUCACCAACAUCUCUCUCUACAUCUGUCUUUUGGUUCAACGACCUAUCAUAUAUUCACUCCACUGUGAAUUCACUUCCUGCUAUAGGUCCCGACACUAACAAGAGUUCAGGUAAGCAGAGUGUAUUCAUACAAUGCUUUGUUUUAGUUCAAGGGGAAAUUUGUAGUAGCAGUAUGGACUACAACACUGUAUGUCUCAAGUGAGAUUUCUGGUAGUCAGGGUGUUAAAAGUGGGAAAUAUAGUUUCAGAAUAGAAUGUUAAUAUCAUUUCUCCAAAUCAGUCACAUAAAUGUAUUUGUUGUAUGAAUUAACUGUCUGAGAAAGAUGCACUAUCCACUAGAUAGAUCCACUAGAAAUCUAAUAACACCUACCUACCAUUGCAUAACAAUUAAAUAACAGGCAAGCCUAUUUACUUCAGGAAAAUUCCAUGUGUUUGAGUUAAUUAGUACGUUAUUAGCCUUGUUUAUACCUGGUGCUAACAUGCAAACUGUGUCCGGAUCAUGUUCACAUUCUGAUAGUGCCCACAUUUUCAGACAGGUGUAGACGAUUAAAAGAGGUAUUGUGAACUGAUUUCGAUCAGAUCUUAUAAGUGUAAAUGGGCAAGAUCAGGACGAAUGAGGCAUGUAAGCACCAGGUAUAGAUGGGGCUAUUUUGGGCAGGAGGACAAAAGAGAGUGGGACUCAGUUGGUAGAACAUGGCGCUUGCAACGCCAGGGUUGUGGGUUCGAUUCCCACGGGGGGCCAGUAUGAAAAAGGUAUGCACUCACUAACUGUAAGUCGCUCUGGAUAAGCGCGUCUGCUAAAUGACUAAAAUUUUAAAUGUAGUCCCAGGGUUCCAGGAAACAGGAGUCAGUACUAGGAAAUAGCUAUAUAUUCACGAGUUAACCUUACAAUGACACUUGAUCAAUAUGGAAAGUGGCCGGGAUUAGCAUUGACGGCAGGAUGGAAAUACAUGUGAACAUAAUGAUGAUAAUAAUGUUAUAAUAAGCACUUUAUGGGGUAUGAAUGUUUGAAAAGACACAGCAGACUGAAUACAUGUAAAAUUUGUAAAUGAAUGCAUAAGAUACAUGUACAGUUGGUCCCAUUCUUGAUUGAUCCAUGAAGUAGUGCACUAUGUAGGGAAUGGGUUGCCAUUUGGAACACAUCCACAAUGAAUAGUGGAUGUGAAGGGACAGGAUUUGAUGAGCUAAGGCUUGUACAGAUACCUGAAUAACAGGAGUGUGUGUGUGUGAGAGACAGCUAUCUCUGUGUAUUUUUUUAUCUGUGAUAACAGCCUGUCCGGGGGAGACGGCCUCCAAGCUGUUGUCGAAAAACCGUCAUUAGCUAGCGAGGUACUCACAGUACCUGUACCUCCCAUGGGUUACAUUGAUGUGAUUGCAACCCAGGCUAAACAGACUAUCUAGACAUCCACCCAAUCCAUCCAACGAUAUCAUGAAAUUACAAACAAUCCUCUCAUAUACAAAAUGUAGGAUUCCCUGUGUUAAAAUUAUGUACUAUGUACUUAAGUACAGUGCCAUUUCCAUUUAGUUGACCUGGUUCAUCAAAUAUGCAGUAUAUUUAGAAAACGUCAUUGCACAAAAGCAACACUAUCAGACAAAUAAUCCAUACCACAACCUAGCAAACACAGUAGACUUUUCUUUUAGUGAGGGGGCUAAGAAUUACAGUGCAUUCGGAAAGUAUUCAAACCCCUUGACUUUUUCCAUAUUUUGUUACGUUACAGCCUUAUUCUAAAAUGAAUAAAAACAUUGUUUUCCCUCAUCAGUCUACACACAAUACCCCAUAAUGACAAAGCAAAAACAGAUUUGAGACAUUUUAGCAAAUGUAUUAAUAAUAAUAAAAUAAAAUAAUAAAUAUGAAUAUUAAAUUUACAUAACUAUUAAGACCCUUUAGUCAGUAGUUUGAUGAAGCACCUUUGGCAGCGAUUACAGCCUUGAGUCUUCUUGGGUAUGACGCUGCAAGCUUGGCAUACCUGUAUUUGGGGAGUUUCGUCCAUUUUUCUCUGCAGAUCCUCUCAAGCUCUGUCAGGUUGGAUGGGGAGUGUCGCUGCACAGCUAUUUUCAGGUCUCCAGAGAUGUUCGAUCGGGUUCAAGUCUGGGCUCUGGCUGGGCCACUCAAGGACAUUCAGAGACUUGUCCCGAAGCCAGUCAUGCGUUGUCUUGGCUGUGUGCUUAGGGUCGUUGUCCUGUUGGAAGGUGAACCUUCGCCCCAGUCUGAGGUCCUCAUCAAGGAUCUCUCUUUACUUUGCUCCGUUCAUCUUCCCUCGAUUCUGACUAGUCUCCCAGUCCCUGCCGCUGAAAAACAUCCCCACAGCAUGAUGCUGCCACCAACAUGGGAUGGUGCCAGGUUUCCUUCAGACAUGACGCUUGGCAUUCAGGCCAAAGAGUUCAAUCUUGGUUUCAUCAGACCAGAGAAUCUUGUUUCUCAUGGUCUGAUAGUCCUUUAAGUGCCUUUUGGCAAACUCCAAGCGGGCUGUCAUGUGCCUUUUACUGAGGAGUGGCUUCCAUCUGGCCACUCUACCUUAAAGGCCUGAUUGGUGGAGUGCUGCAGAGAUGGUUGUUCUUCUGGAAGGUUCUCCCAUCUCCACAGAGGAACUCUGGAGCUCUGUAAGAGUGACCAUCGGGUUCUUGGUCACCUCCCUGACCAAGGCCAUUCUCCCCUGAUUGUUCAGUUUGGCCGGGCGGCCAGCUCUAGGAAGAGUCUUGGUGGUUCCAAACUUCUUCAAUUUAAGAAUGAUGGAGGCCACUGAGUUCUUGGGGACCUUCAAUGCUGCAGAAAUGUUCUGGUACCCUUCCCCAGAUCUGUGCCUCGACACAAUCCUGUCUCUGAGCUCUAUGGACAAUUCCUUCGACCUCAUGGCUUGGUUUUUAGUCUGACAUAAACUGUCAACCGUGGGACCUUAUAUAGAAAAGUGUGUGCCUUUUCAAAUCAUGACCAAUCAAUUGAAUUUACCAGAGGUGGACUCCAAUCAAGUUGUAGAAACAUCUCAAGUAUGAUCAAUGGAAACAGGAAGCACCUGAGCUCAAUUUCGAGUCUCAUAGCAAAGGGUCUGCUUGUUUUUGCUUUGUCAUUAUGGGGUAUUGUGUGUAGAUUGAUGAGGAAAAUGUUUUAUUUAAUCAAUUUUAGAAUAGGGCUGUAACGUAACAAAAUGUGCAAGAAGUGAAGGGGUCUGAAUACUUUCCGAAUGGACUGUAUGCCAUGUACUGUUCUAGAGAGGGAGUACAGAAUUAUGCCAUGUUCUCUUCUUACGCUCUGGCUUCUCCCACGCAGCACAGGAUACAAGGCGACAACAGCGAUGGCCUCGUGGUUCAGUUGGAGCGGCGAGCCGGACUACCGGAGUCCACGGCGGGACCCAUCUGAAGUGGUCACAGACACCCUGAUGCUGGAGCUCAGCUGGCAGCUGAAGGAGGCAGAGAGGAUGCAGCGUGAGAGGGACAACGAGUGCCGGCGCCUCCAGACAGGAGUGGACUACAGCUGGCUGGUCAACACGCCACGCAACACCUACGAUGUGUCGGCUGGCGAGAGGCUGGGCCUGGAGGACCUGUGCUCCAAGGUGCAUCCAUCCUACUGUGGAGCCGUCAUACUGAGGUGAAGAACCCUUGUCUUGACCUUAGUUGUUUCUUUACUUAACCCCAUAAUCUACACUGGCCUUCUGGUCAAGUUAUCUAUCCAACCCAUGACCCCCAUUGAUUCGAUGCUGUUCUCAUGAUUACCCUCUUACUCACCGAACCAACCCUCUGACCAAGGUCGUGUUCAGUAGGGCAUGCAAUGGAAAACAAAAGUGAGCAUUUCUUAUUCAACAAGUCUAGGUUGUCCCUUCCUGUUUUAGUCCAUUUGAUGCCAAAUUAACACUACCUUGCUCGGCACAAAGCAGUCCAAAUUGGGAAAGGUGAAGCUAUCGAUUGGUUGUCUCAGGUGUCUUGCACAAAUUGCUAGUUGGUGCUAGUUGAUCCAUAUGUGGAAAGGUGGUACUGACCUAGGUGUUAUCUGAGGGCUCAGUCAGGUGAUAAUUGAAUAUUACCUACAGGUACUGGAAGGAAGCCCAUUGGGGAAUGAGAGGUGGUUUCUGGUAAAUCAACUCCCUGGUUUUAUACAUGUGCAGAGGAUCAUUAUUUCUGGACCAUUGUGAAAAACAUAUGAAGUGCAGUAUAAUGUAGCUGUUGAGAUAGAGUUAAGAUAUUUGAUGGUGAUUUUCCUUCAGUGGAGAGAAAAUUCACCCACAUGAAUAUUGAAAAAGCAGAGAGGGAGAGUGAGUUGGUGGAGAGAACAGAAAAAGCUGGAGGCCAAUCGGCCAAAUCAACAGGAGUAAAGGGCCGGUGGGGGCUGGCCUAUUUAAAGGCCUCCUAAGAACUUAUCAGCCUUGUCUUGAGAGGAGUAAGUGGCUUUAGUUGGCAGGCUUUCCUGUCUCUCCCCCUGCCCCGCUGUUCAUGCAGACAGAGGGGCCAUCAUUAGCUAUUUACCUGCUAUACUGGCUGAUGGGCAAGGGACUCGAGAGCUCUGAUGAUGUCACAAAAGCAUGGGGAAAAGCAGAGAGAAGCUCUUCCGAUAUACAGGUCUGCCAAAAUAAAGGAAACACUUGAGUAAAUGAGGGAUGCAAAGUAUAUUGAAAGCAGGUGCUUCCAUACAGUUGUGGUUUUCUGAAUUAAUUAAACAAUUAACAUCCCAUGCUUAGGGUCAUGUAUAAAAAUGUCCAGUUGCCCAUUAUUUUGGCUUCCAUGGCUAGAAGAAGAGAUCUCAGUGACUUUGAAAGAGGGGUGGCAAAGUAGCAUAGUGGGUUUAAAGGGUGUGUGUCUGUGUGUCUCAGUCACCAGAUCUCAAUCCAAUUGAACAAUUACGGGAGAUUCUGGAGCGGCGCCUGAGAAAGCGUUUUCCACCACCAUGUGGUCCUCUGUAGCUCAGCUGGUAGAGCACGGCGCUUGUAACGCAAAGGUAGUGGGUUCAAUCCCUGGGACCACCCAUACACAAAAAUGUAUGCACGCAUGACUAAGUCGCUUUGGAUAAAAGCGUCUGCUAAAUGGCAUAUUAUUAUUAUUAUUAUUAUCAACAAAAUACCAAAUUAUGGAAUUUCUCGUGGAAGAAUGGUGUCGCAUCCCUCAAUAGAGUUCCAGACACUUGUAGAAUCUAUACCAAGGCACAUUAAAGCGUAUCUGGCGGCUCGUGGUGGCUCCUGUAAGUCGCUCUGGAUAAGAGCGUCUGCUAAAUGACUAAAAUGUAAAAAAUGUAAAUGUAACACCCUAUUAAGACACUUUAUGUUGGUGUUUCCUUUAUUUUGGCAGUUACCUGUAUAAAAGGCUUUUUUGGAUCAAAGGUUUUUCCAGUGCAUUAGUGAUAGCACAUGUUGUGGUUGUACAGUGAGAAUGGUAAAAGCUGGUAAGUGGAAUAGCAAGAGCUCAUCCCCUUCCCACGCGUUUCAAAUGUAUGCUUUUUUGACCCCUCCAUUAGCAUGCCGUUUUUCCCCUGAAACUAUAACCAGGCAAAGUGAAACAAAGCUAUCGAUUGCAGCGGGUGGCUGAAGGUCUCUUGGUUUGUACUAUUUUAAAAUCCACAGAUUAAACAUCCAUCUAUCCAGAUGCAUGUGUAUUGCGGGUGGUUGGGAACAUUUUUACAUUUACAUUUUAGUCAUUUAGCAGACGCUCUUAUCCAGAGCGACUUACAGUUAGUGCAUACAUUUUUAUUUUAUUUUUUUCAUACUGGCCCCCCCGUGGGAAUCGAACCCACAACCCUGGCGUUGCAAACGCCAUGCUCUACCAACUGAGCUACAUCCCUGCCGGCCAUUCCCUCCCCUACCCUGGACAACGCUGGGCCAAUUGUGCGCCGCCCCAUGGGUCUCCCGGUCGCGGCCGGCUACGACAGAGCCUGGAUACAAACCAGGAUCUCUAGUGGCACAGCUAGCACUGCGAUGCAGUGCCUUAGACCACUGUGCCGCUUGCGUGUUGAGUAACCCUGCCUAAGACCUGAAGACUUGUGUUGGCUCCUUGUAUGAAUUCCUAGGCUUUAGCUCGGUGGGCUUGAAAUGUAUUGUGGUACGCAAGAUACCCGGGUUUGAACCCUGGCCAGUAACAUGAAGACCUACGUUGGCUCCCUGAGUUACUUCCUAGGCUGGAGCUCAGGGAGCUAACCUAACACAGUCAUGUAGCGCAAAGGAAACUUGUUUCAAAAUUGCUGGUACUUUCAAUAAAUUCCCUGGUUUCCCCGAAGUCCCAGAAUCAGGAGGGAAUAAGCAGGAAAUCCGUAAUCGCCCAACCAGGAUUUCGGGAAAACCAGGGAAUUUAUGGAAAGUUCAAGGAAUUUUGAAACCCUAGCUGAGACUGAUGUGACUUCUUCUCUCCUUUCUUUCCCUGUUCCCUACCUGACGUCCAGGUUCCGGCAGGUGGUGACUGAGAACGAGCCAGAGAUGCAGGAGGUGUCGGCCCUUUUCCGCUCUGUCAUCCUCGAGGCCCUGGACCGCCUGAGGGAGGAGCAGGAGGCGCAGCGGCUCUUGCGCCAGUGGAACAACAAGCGGGCCAUGAGCACGUCUCUCAUGAACUUCAAGUCGCGCGUCAAGAUCAAACCCUUUGGCAGCACCGUGGGCCUGACCUCGACCAGCGGGGAGGGCGAGCUGAAGACGGUGUCGGAAGACGUGGAAAAGGCGCUGGAAGAGAGGGCUGACAGGGCCCAGAGGGUUAGGAGCAUGCCUGACUUCAGACACAAAGGGCUUUACACUACCAAGACCAUCUGAGCUGGGGAUCCACAGGACAGUGUUGUGGUUCAGUGGUGGAUGGAGAGAAGCUAGUGAGAGGUAGCCUAUAAUAAUCCCCCCGGAACCUUCCCAGUCUGCUUUGCACAAGAAUGGGGAGAAAUAGGAGACGUCUCUCCCAUCCUCUCCUUUGUCAGUGUGGGGUCUUCUCUAUUGAAUGCUUUUGACUGGGGUAAUAUGCUUAGAAUAUUUCACAAUGUUUUGAGAUUUUCAGACACCUUGUUUGCUGUACUGUUAUUGAGGUCUUUGUUCUCUUGUAAAUUAAAGAGUUUCUAAGAAAAUGGUGUUGCAUGCACUUUCAAUGCCUUUUCAACGUAAUACAUGGUAGUUAUUUAUACUUAAAACUGUAAUUAACCAAUGAGACUUACAUGAAAAGCAAUUAAGAAGUUCUGUGGUUUUUCUCAAGCAUUUUAGGAACUUUAAAGGGAAGUGCUACUAAAAACAGCUUUAGACCUUUUUAUAGCUUAAAACAAACAGUAAAUCACUGACUGCUCUAUUACACUGUGUUUAGUAUGAAAUUGUACAUUGUAUCGAUCUUCUAAUUAUUUACAGUUGGAAUACAGUGCA